GAUAACAUUCUCUAUCCGUAUCGAGAGGACAUCAGGGACACCCACCCCAUCCUCAAAAGAAAAUGUCCGUCUCCGCUAUAUUUGGCAGCCGGGUGGUCGUCGCUCCGCCCUCCUCCGCCGCAGCGCGCACCGGGGGCGCCGUCCAAUCGGCACCCACACCAGCAGGCGGAGCUCUGGUGAUAGAGUGCUCGUCGAGGCCGAACAAGAAGGCGACGGCGCACCACAUGAAGACGCGACCGAAGAAGACGCAGCCGUGGGACAUCAGGCGGAAACCCACCGUGUACCCACCGCUCCCAGCUCUCCCUCCCGAAUGGACGCUCGCUUCCAGCGGCGAAGAACCUGCCGGGGAGGCCCCUCCUCCUCCUCCUCCUCCUCCUCCUCCGAGCACGCUGCAGGAGGCGCCGCCGGCGAGUUAGUGCGGGUUGCGUCUUCAUGCCUUUUGUUAGGAACUGAGACAGCGGUCGGGAUGUUUGGUUGUUACUUGUUUUGUAGUUAAAAAGCUUGGAAAUUCCGUUUGUGAUGAUGUUUCUGCUACAUAUAAUGAUGAGGAAUUUGAUUUACUAUGUGCAUUCCGUUUGUAAUGAUGUUUCAGAAAUUGAUAUUCAACGAGAACCCCACAUCACCACUUGA